AGAGGGAGUUGGUCCACAGAGACAAUGGAGCAGCCGCACAGAGAGCCGUGCAGCCGGGAAGACAUGCAGCCCCUGAGGGAGAGGUGGAGAGAGACAGCAACCACCUGAGAGGCUGAUGGCUUCCCCGUUCCUGGCUCCAGCCCCCAUGCGUCCUGCCUGCGCGUCCUUCCCGGUGUUCAAGAAGGCGAGCCCCAAUGGAAAGCUCACCGUCUAUUUGGGAAAGCGGGACUUUGUGGACCACAUCGACCUCGUGGACCCUGUGGAUGGUGUGGUCCUGGUGGAUCCUGAGUAUCUCAAGGAGAGGAGAGUCUAUGUGACACUGACCUGCGCCUUCCGCUAUGGCCGUGAGGACCUGGAUGUCCUGGGCCUGACCUUUCGCAAGGACCUGUUUGUGGCCAACGUGCAGUCCUUCCCGCCGUCCCCCGAGGACAAGAAGCCUCUGACGCGGCUGCAGGAGCGCCUCAUCAAGAAGCUGGGCGAGCACGCCUACCCCUUCACCUUUGAGAUCCCUCCAAACCUCCCAUGCUCUGUGACGCUGCAGCCAGGGCCUGAAGAUACCGGGAAGGCCUGUGGCGUGGACUAUGAAGUCAAAGCCUUCUGUGCAGAGAACCUGGAGGAGAAGAUCCACAAGCGGAAUUCUGUGCGCCUGGUCAUCAGGAAGGUUCAGUAUGCCCCAGAGAGGCCUGGCCCCCAACCCACAGCGGAGACCACCAGGCAGUUCCUCAUGUCGGACAAGCCCUUGCACCUCGAGGCCUCCCUGGAUAAGGAGAUCUAUUACCACGGAGAACCCAUUAGUGUCAACGUCCACGUCACCAACAACACCAACAAGACAGUGAAGAAGAUCAAGAUCUCGGUGCGCCAGUAUGCGGACAUCUGCCUUUUCAACACAGCCCAGUACAAGUGCCCCGUGGCCAUGGAGGAGGCUGACGACACAGUGGCGCCCAGCUCGACGUUCUGCAAGGUCUACACGCUGACCCCCUUUCUGGCCAACAACAGAGAGAAGCGGGGCCUUGCCCUGGAUGGGAAGCUCAAGCAUGAAGACACGAACCUGGCCUCCAGCACCCUGUUGAGGGAAGGAGCCAACAGGGAGAUCCUGGGCAUCAUUGUUUCCUACAAAGUGAAAGUGAAGCUGGUGGUGUCGCGGGGUGGCGAUGUGGCCGUGGAACUGCCCUUCACCCUAAUGCAUCCCAAGCCCAAAGAGGAGCCCCCACAUCGGGAAGUUCCAGAGAACGAGGCGCCAGUAGAUACCAAUCUCAUAGAACUUGACACAAACGAUGACGACAUUGUGUUUGAGGACUUUGCCCGCCAGAGACUGAAGGGCAUGAAGGACGACAAGGAGGAGGAGGAGGAUGGUACCGGCUCUCCACAGCUCAACGAUAGAUAGAUGGGGCCGGCCUCGCGCGGGCAGCCCCAGGUCCACUCUCACGCACUAGGAUACUUACUUAUCUUCUUCCUGUGCCCAUCCCACUCCCCUUUGUUCUUCCCCUUUCUACCAGGGGCCCCAGCGGUCUUCCAGGUUACCGUGGGGAGCCUCUGGCCUCAGGCCCACAUCACCAUGCCAACAGGGCCACAUGCAUCCCUUUCACCCCCUCACUGCAGUCACUUCUCCAUCCCCCCUCUUUUCCUUCUGACCUCCAGAAAGGCCACCACGGCUCUGGCCUUGGAACCUGACUUGGGAUGGGGAGGAUGGGGCACGAGGGCUUGGGGGGGGGGGAGGGGAUGAGGGCUCAAGACACGUGAGAGGGUGUCCACAGUCCCAGGUGGUUAACACAGUUCUGGCAGCUAAAUAAGACGACCACAUUGAAGGCCACCCUCUUCUGGCUGGGAGGGGCAGACCUGUGGAUAGAUUCUCAAUGCCUUUUUGCAGUUCGGACCCACCAAACACCUCCCUUUCCACCCCCGUCCCUGCCCCGUGUCCCUCUGUGUCUGACAGUGACACUGGUUUGUAGACCCCAGGAGUGGAGAAAAGCAACUGCACUGACUUUCUUACCAGCAGUUACCUAGUCUAAAGCAAGCAGUGGGAACGAGCCCAAGUCUGUUUCAGUAACUUCAGGAUGUAACAUCCUAGCUACCUUGUAUCCUAUGUGUGUGUCCUAUUUAUCAAUACGCACAGAGAGAGAGAGAGAGAAGGGAGGGGUCUUCAGAACGCACGGACCCCCAGCAGAGUGAGCUGAAGCUCCUGAGGAGGUUUCCUGAGGGUGGCUCUGAGAGAUGGGGGCAGGGGCAGGACGAUGAGAAUCUGUCCUGUUCCCUCUCUUUGUAGACUUGAGAGCAGUCAGUGAUUCUGCAGGAAGCAAGGCUGGAGAUCCAGAGGGGGCCAGGGCCACUGGUAUCCUCCGGCAUCUCCUUGCAGUUCUGGGCCCGCAGGCUGAGAGCGCCUGAGGCCACUGUGCGCACAGUCAAGGGGGUCCUUCUCAGAAGGUGGUAGGGUCCCUCGAGAUGCCCUCACCCAAAAGGAAGGGGACUGCAGGGUAGCAAGGAACCCUUUGUUUCCUGGGGGAGGUGAUGACCCUCCAGUAGUUCCCAGUGUCAUGGGUAUUCAGGACCCAUUGGCUGGUAUUGGUGUGAUCGGGACCUGGGACGUUUCCAGGGCAACAGGGCGGGCAGAUGAUGAGGUAGAAAGUCUUACAAGGUGUCUGUUCUUGUCUGGCCUUUUGAUGCUCACUUACUGUGUGACCUUGGGCAAGUUCUUUUCCCUCUCUGGGUCUCAGUUCUUCGCCUAGAAAAGGGGUGAAAAACCAAGGGGUUUGACCAAAUGAUCACAAAGGGCCGUCCCAUCUCUGGCCUCUAAGAAUUUGUGAACAUUAGAGCUUCUGGUCUGGUGAGCGAAGCCAGAGCUGCUGACUGUUCUGUCUGCCUCCAGAGGGGAUUCACUGGACCCCACAGGUGGCAGGGCCAUAGAGAGCUCCUAGCCCACCACACAUGCCCCCCUCCUCUUGCCACCCAGGCCUGGGAAGGGCCCUUCUUGGGCCCCUGGGGAGUUGCCUGUGGCCAGCGCUAGCAGGACUUUCGGCCCUAGGGCCCGAGUGUUACAGAUGGACAGAGCUUAUAUUUGCUGAGGCUUGGUCGGGGGUGUUGUGAUAGGGCCUCCAGUACCUUGCAGGCCCCUGUGGAUGCAGACUCCCUGACGUUUACUUUCUACCCAAGCAAAUAUGGGGAUCUCUCUUCAAUGCCUGCUCCCUUCUAUGUCUAUCCCACACUCACCUGAAAAGAGUGACAACAAAUGUUAUACAAAUUUGAUCUCAACCCUUUUCAGCCCAGCCCCUCCAGGGGUGGACUGUGAAACCAUUUCCCAUGGUGAUAUUACCCACUGCUCAGGCCUGGCACUGCACCCAGCCUUCCCUUCUGAAUCUCAUGAAGACUCAGCCCAGGUCAGAACCAAGUCAGCUCAGGGCAGCCACACUCCCCGGGCCAGUCGUGGAGUCAUAGCUGCAGGUGCCCCAGGCAUCCAGCCCCUAUGAAAGCUUGCCAGGCAGUUUGCGCCUCCUUUGGGCAGCUAUAGAGUUGAUGAGAUGCUGAAACAACACAUGGCAAGUAUAUGUUCUCCAGUGUUGUCCUCUGGAACCUUUGGGGCUGGUACAAGACCCUUUAGGAUUUGGGGUGAUCACUCCCUUAGAAACCUCUUCCCCCAUCCCUAACCUGUGCACACAAAAGAUUUGUGGGAUUGGUUUCCUGAGCUUCCUCCAUCUCACUCACCCUUUUGGGUUUAUCCCUGUGUUUCCCUGAAAUUUCUCCAGUUGCAGGAAGCAUCAUAGCCCCCUCCAGCCUUUCACUCUUUGGACACAGGAGUACAGAGGGGCAGUGGUCAAGUUCAUUUGAAUUCAGCUUCUCUGCUCAGUGCCAAGCACUGGAGACACAGAGAUGGGUCAGUGCCAGCCCCCGUCCUCAGGAAGCUCAUGGUCAGGGGAAAGUAUGGGGAGAGUAAUGGAGCCAUUGCCUUCAGGCUACAUGGCUGCUGGUAGUCUGUAUAGUACCUUGACGUAAAUUGGAAAUGGUGCCCCUUCCGGGUGGAUUCAGCCCACAUUAGAAUGUGCAGCUUUGUGAGUGGCCCUCAGGCUGGAGGUUAGCCCCACCUGCCCCUGGGCCGGGCGCCCUCCUGCACAGCCGUGCACUACAGCCCAGUGGUGGGACCCUUGGGCUGGAGUGUUUUCUUCAGCCUCUUCCUGAGAGCAAAGUGCAGAUCAUCUUUCCAAGCUUCUGGUCGGCUCCAGACCCCACUCCUCCUGCAGCGCGCAAACAUGACUGAGUCCUUCUCUGCAGGGCCCCUCUCCAUCCAGACUCAGCCCUGGAGUCUCAUUCUGGAGUCAAGUGAGGCCUUGAAGUGAAACUGGGGGUGGGGGAGCCCCGCUGGGCCCCAGGCACCAGCCCACAGUGUGGGCUCUUUCUUGCACACAUUUGGAGCCUGUGCUGACUACACAGCUCCACCCAGGGACUUUCCAGUGGGCCGUGGGGGUGGCAUGUAGGUAGCAGUCUGGGCAGGAAGGAAGAGCGUGGCCCUGGUGAAAACCCCCAGGCAGAGGGCCAGCUGGACUUCCUCAGCUUUCCAACCUCCAGAAGAGUUCAGUCCCUGCGAGGAUAGGGACUGGUUUAUUUGGCUGGACUCCACGGGCCUCCUCAGUCUUAAAGCCCAGACAUGUGAGAGUGGGAUCCCUUGGGGUGUUGCUUCAGCUGGGGAGUUGCUGACAAGCUGCUUCCCACAUGGUGCAGUGAAGAGCGUGCUGGCCUGGAACUGCACAGCGCCUCUCAGUCCUGGCUGUCACCAACCGGCGGAGUAGCCUUGAGCAAGUCACUCAACCUCUUGGGUUUGAUUUCCCUAACUGUAAAAUGGGACGGUAAUCUCUUUCCCACCUGACUCAAGGAAUUGUGAGGCCCAGAUGAGAUGAAAGGCAGUGGAGAUGAAGGUUAGCUCUGUAAGUUGCAAAUGGCUGCACAGGCCAUGGCGCUGCCACUGCAGGGGAGUCACCCAGGGUCACACAAGAAGUUGGCUGUGGCCAAGCCCUCCUCCCACCCGUCUUCAUCUCUUGCCCCUUCUCAUGUAGGCGGAUGUCAGCCAGAAUCAGAUGCAGCCAGUUUGGCUUUGGUGGCCCAGCCUAGAGGGAAAUCCAGAUACAUUCAGGAAUGCUGUGCCCACAGAGAGUGGUCCCAGCAACCAGGACAGAGAGACAAGACAUGGAUAUUGCCAGUGAUUGGGAUGGGGGCAUCUUGGACCCUCCCAGGCCUGGUGUCACCCACAUCUCCCAUCUCUCAGACCCCACAGAGGCCAGGAAGCCUUGGCUCUGAUCUCAGGUUAGGAAGAGCCACCAGCCCCCAGGCCCCGGAAGGACUGGAGCACUCCUCCAUUGAAGAACCCCAAAGGUGAGGUGGAAGAGAAAUUGCCUACCCCUUCCCUUCCCAGUCGAAGGUCCCCUCCAGGAUCUACUGGAGCCUCCAAUGCUUCUGGGUGACACUGGGAGGGAUUCGGGCCAGGGAGAACCCAGGCCUCCUCCCCUGAGAGCUGAGCCCCAGCUGACCUGUUGCCCAGUGGAUUCGGCAGCCCGCAAAGGCAGUGUCUCUCCUGCCAAGCACUGGGGACUGGACGUUCUCCACCCAUCCCAGAGGGCAGCAGUAGGCCCCAAUCUUGAACUCUUAUAGGGUCUCAUGGACAUAGGCCUAUAGCUGUUCUGAUGUUUUUCUUUUUAAAGUGAACAAGGACCAAAACAAACUGCCCCCACCCUUGUUCAUAAGCCUGCAUUGGGCCUGGCAUUUUGCCAUCCAGGGCCAGGCAGCUGCAUCACUUUGUCCUCCCUCCAGGAUUGAAAUGGCCUACCUGUGGGGCAGGAUCCCCACCUCUGCCACUCCCCUGCAGGGUCACUGCACAGGGGCUUCAAAGAGAGGCCUGUUGAAGGGGGAGCAUCCUCCCCCAUCACUGUCACCCCACUCCUCACCCCAAAAGGGAAGUCAAAGCACAGGUCCCCAGGACCCAUGAUCUGAAGACACUCUGACACAGUGGUUUUCAAACCAAGUGCUCUGGAACCCCUGGGGUUCCACAGAGCUUUGUCAGGAGCUGCUAAGGUGGGAAGGUGGGGGUGGAGGCAAAGGCUACGUCUCCAGUCCCACCCCUACUCCCACUUCCACCAGAACAACUCUGCUUUUAUCUGUCUUGCCUGUUGAGGUUUCUCCUUCAAACUUUCUUUUGAAGAAAAACUUCAAACUACCAUCCUGAGGUUUGAUCUUAGACCAGCAAGCACAGGUUCUAUUCUUGCUUUUCAUGUUGGAAUGGCUCCAGCAUCCCAAUACAAAGUAUCUUUGUAUUGGAACCUGGGUCACAGUCCCAGGCCCAAGCAUUUGCUUAUUCACCUGCGCGUACACACACGUGUACCCAUUUGAUGGCUUUGUGGCCCGCUCACCCUGAAGCUCUGGCCUGGCUUUGAUUUGGGCAGGGGCCUGGUGCUCAGUGAGGAUGGGUCUUGACCCUGAUACUGGCCCAUGCAGCGUGGGGGACGUGAAGCAAGGAACCAGUCCCAGCCCCACCCCAGGACUCGUGUCUGUACCCCAAUGUGACACCCCGCAUCCCUGGCCCAGGCCCACAGGAGAAGAGAUGGAGCAGUGUGAGGGGAGAAAGAGAAACUAGAGUCAGGAGCUUCUAUACAUACAGCCACGUGGAUGGAAGUCCGGGGUUUCAUAAAAGAAACACUGUGGGAGGACCUUAUGACAAAAGUGCCUCCUGUGAGGGCAGGAUCUCUCCAGAGACCUUUUAGGCAGUGAGUUUCCCUCGAGUGAUUCUAGUAGGAUUCCACUCCCACAUCUGUGGACAACCAAGUAUGGGGGCAACAGGAGGAUGCCUGAAGAGAGGCUGGUCCCCUACCUGCAGUUCCCCAAAUUCUCUCCUUGCUGGCCUGCCCCUCUGCCGAGGCCCCUCACCGGGGAUGACUAAUGGAGUGGGCACUUUGGGAGACCUGGACUAGCCCUUGGUUCAGAAUCUUGCCUGGGCCCCCCACCCAGGCAUUCUAGGUGAAACGUGAGGCUCGGGGCACAGCAAGCCAUGUGGCAUGGGAGAAAGAGUGCCAACUCAUGUUCUCCGUUCAGUCUGAGUGUGCCCUUGGGAACCUGACCUCAGUUUCUCCAUAUGUAAUUUGGGGCCAGUGCCAGGCUCUGCCAACAUCACAGGGAUUACUGCAAAGGCGGGGGGGUUAGAGGAGGGGUGGGGAGCCUCACACACUUGGGGCACAGUCCUGGCCUGCACUGCAGAUCAUGAGUCCUCGGGGGAAUGAGUGUAGGAUGCGCUGUCUUCCUGGGGCAUCUGCUCAGUGUUAAGGUCUAGCCACACUAUGAGGGGCCUGCCUCUUCCUACCUAACGGGAGCCAGCGCUCAGCAGGGCACAGUGACUGUGUGGAUACCAGGCGUGAGCAGUGACAGGUGGCUGGGACAGGUGUCCAGGUCUGUAGCCCUUGUGUUAAGUGAUUAUUUUGUGACACCCUCAUGCCUGGGCCAUCUGCCAGGUGUAUCUGUUGUACCUGUGGCAUUCCUUAUUGUGUCAGAUAAGUUAUUACAGUUUAUUCAACUCUAACAGGACAAAUGAACAAAAGAACCAUACAUAGGAGACCAUUAAAGGUCUUUUGUGACAGACGCCUCUGCUUUUAUUUCUGUCUCAUAAGCUCAUGGCAGGACAUAGACCAGCAAAUGCUGUCCCUGCUGCCUGGGACUGGCGGACGGCUCCGUGGCUGGCUCAGGGGUUUUCUUCCCUUGUCUGUGGCUCUAACUCCAAUCUGGUCCCUGCACCCCUUUCUGGAGACUGCCAAGUCUCCCCACUCUGCUAUUUACCUUAUGGCCUCAGGGAAGUUGCCAAACCUCUGAUCCCUCUCAGACACCACUGGAUCCCGUGACCCCUGGUCUGCUCCUGGGGUGAAGCCUUCCCAUGUUUCCUUUGGCACUACAGACCACUUCAGCUGGAGUCCUGCCUCAGCCCUGGUUCUUAUUCAGUUCUCAUCUCCUGCUCUGCUGGGUCCCCUGAAGUCACUUCAGUUUUCUAUGACUGACUGACUUACUGUUCCAAAAGAACACACAGGAGGAGUGGGGAUAUAGGUGAGGAAGAUGCAAAGUUCUCAAUGAUAAUGUACUAUGUUAAGACAAAAGGAAGAUACCAAUGAAUGUAAGAGGACUUCCCUAGAAAAUUGAUUAUAUAUGAAAAACAUUUUUUUUUUUUUACAACCCUGUAAAGUAAUGUGCAACUUAGAUAAAAGCAUUGCCCUCCUGGUUGGCCAGAAGGUGGUCUGUUUCCCCUGAUGCUCUCUUCCAGCAGAGAAGGGUGGUGGGAAGACAUUGACAUUUGAAUCAAGAGACUUGAACUAGAGCUUUCAUUCUGCCCUCCCAUGUGGACUGUAUCCAUUUGAGUCCAGAUAAACAGAGCCUAUGCCAGUAUUUCAGAAGCAGGAAUUCAACAGAAGAAACUGGUUAUAAAAAUGUUGCAAGAGUUGAAAGGGCAAAUGGGAUGUGAGGCAACCCAGAGAUCAGGUACAAGAGGAAACCACUACCACUGGUAGGGUGGGAGGACAGGGAGAGGAGGUGGCGUUACGGAGGAGGAACCAGGGCAGCCCAGCAGGGACAUUGAGGGAGAGGGUAUCUGAGGAAUCCAGACCACAGAAGAAACACAGCUGUGCUGGGGACGCUGCCAGAGCAGAGAGAGUGGGAGAAAUACUCUGGUUUCUCCUCUCCUCCCACCCUCCAAUUUCAUGCCCGUGCCUCCUGUUGGCAGAAUCUAAUUAAAAGCUGAUUUUCACGGAAUCUUGGGAAAUGUAGUUGGCAAUGGUCAGUGCCCUGUGAUACAGAGAAAGAGGUUAGGGGAUUAUAUCUGAGACCAAAUAGGCAAAUCACCAACUUUCCCUUAAUCUUCUCAUCCAAAAAAUAGAAAUAAUCACAUUGGCCUGGAUACUACAAUUUAGGAGUGCCCUGGCAUCUAAACAGGGCUCUAAACAUGGGGGAGGCAUUUGUUGUUGCCUCUUAAGCUCUGGGCUUUUCUCCUGCUGUCACUGCCUUCGUCGUGCUUUGGGACUUCAUUUCUCUUAGCUUUUUUAAACUCCAGAAAACUAAAAUAAACUGGACAGGAGUUUCAAAUUCUGGCCAAGACAGAGUAAGUCCACUUCAGCCUAUCUCUCCUACUGAUUACAUAAAAACUCUGGACAAAAAUACAAAACAUAACUACCUAAUGACUCUGAAAAUUAAACAAAAGCAGAUGGUACAGGGGAGUCAAAAUUUGGAGAAGUAAUCUGCAUGGGGUGAAUUUCCCCUUUUUUCCCUCUUUUCUCUUGUGGAUUUGUGCUGAGAUUAGAACUAUCACCAACAAUCCAGAGUCUACACAAUAUAACAUUCACAAUGUCCAGGAUACAAUCUGAAAUUAUGCAACAUACAAAGAAGUAGGGGGAAAAAAAAAAAGACCAAUUCUCAAGGGAAAAUACAAUCAACAUAUGCUGACUCUACGAUGACUUAGAUAUUGGAAUUAUUAGAAAAGAUUUUGAAGUAGCUCUUAUAACUUGAAAUGGAUGGAAAAAUAGUUGUUUUCAGCAGAGAUAUAGAAACUAGAAAAUGAGCCAAAUGGAAAUUGUAGAACUGAAAAAUACAAUAUCUGAAAUAAAAAAUUUACUAGUUAAGCUCAA